AUGGCUCGCCUGCCUUUAAUAGUACAAAGUGUGAGGCGUAAAAGAAUUGGUCUUGCAGUGACAAUAUGGUUGCAACUGUGUACAAUUGCGAGGGGAUUGAAGUCGUCAAGGAACAUGCUUAUUGAUGAGCAAGUGGCAAUGUUUUUACAUAUCAUUUCUCAUUAUCUUAAAAAUCGAGUUAUCAAGCAUCACUUUAAUAGGUCUGGGGAAACCGUUAGCAGAUCAUUUCACAAUGUUUUAAAUGCUGUCAUACGCUUACAAGAUGUGCUAUUUAAAAAAGCAGAGCCAAUUACAGCUAAUUCUACAGACCCAAGGUGGAAAUGGUUCAAGAAUUGUUUAGGUGCUUUAGAUGGAACCCACAUCAAGGUUAGGGUUCCAACAGUUGAUAAAUCUAGAUAUCGAACGCGAAAAGGUGACAUAGCAACAAAUAUGUUAGGUGUUUGUACACCUGAUAUGCAAUUUGUUUAUGCUCUUCCUGGUUGGGAAGGUUCUAUUACUGAUGUUGAUGCUGGAUACACAAAUUGUGAAGGAUUUCUUGCACCUUUUAGAGGACAAAGAUAUCAUUUGAAUGAGUGGCAUCAGGGUUACCAGCUAAGUACUCCGGAAGAAUUUUUCAAUAUGAAACAUGCUUCAGCGCGUAAUGUUAUUGAAAGAUGCUUUGGGUUAUUAAAACUUAGAUGGAGAAUACUUAGGAGUCCAUCGUUUUAUCCUGUGAGGGUGCACAAUAGAAUCAUUAUUGCCUGUUGUUUGCUCCAUAAUUUUAUUCGCACCUAUAUGAGUCUUGAUCCUAUUGAAGCAGAGUUGGGAGAAGGAUUACCUAGUAAUGUGAUAGAUGACGAUGAUUCGAAUAUCGUAAAUAUUCAUCCAUCAAAUGCAUGGGCUACUUGGAGGAUGGAACUAGCCAACCAAAUGUUCGAUGAAUGGCAAGCAUCUAGAAAUUAG